GCUGGCAUGGGAUCUAGUGCUGGGCACUGACCACAGCAGGCAGCGAAGGGUCGGGCAAGCUUUGGAGAAGUGCUUGCUCCCAUCCAGGUCCCAGCGUCCCCACGGCCCGGCGUGCGCAGCCGCCCUCCCCAGCCCCUGGAGGCAGAGAACACCUGUUUGCUCUUAGGCGAAAGAGGCUACUCAUCCACCCCCAGGGCCCAAGUCUGUUUGCUUUGGAAACAAGAGAUGCCCGGCAAACAGUCAGAUGAGGAACAGGUGGAGACGGGGGCUGCGGAGAACUUGGCCGAGGAGGACCUAGGGGGCCUCACGGCAGAGGAGCUCCGGCAGGGCCAGGAGGCAGCCCUGGAGCUAGAGGACAUGAUGGCGCUAAGUGCCCAGACCCUGGUCCGAGCCGAGGUGGACGAGCUUUACCAGCAAGUGCGUCCCCUGGGCCAGGGCCGCUUCGGCCGGGUCCUGCUGGUCACCCAUCGCCAGAAAGGCACUACCCUGGCCCUGAAGGAACUCCCAAAGGCCUCCACGUCUCUCCGUGGCUUCCUGUAUGAGUUCUGUGUGGGCCUCUCGCUGGGCACACAUUCGGCCAUAGUAGCGGCCUAUGGCAUCGGCAUCGAGUCCGCCACCUCCUACAGCUUCCUGACGGAGCCUGUCCUGUGUGGGGACCUCAUCACCUUCAUCCAGCCCAAGGUGGGCCUCCCGCAGCCGGCCGUACAGCGCUGCGCGGCUCAGCUGGCCUCAGCCCUGGAGCACAUCCACUCCCACGGCCUGGUGUACCGGGACGUCAAGCCCGAGAACGUGCUGGUGUGCGACCCUGCCUGCCAGCGGGUCAAACUGACCGACUUCGGCCACACGCGGCCCCGCGGAACCCUGCUGCGCCUGACCGGGCCGCCCAUCCCUUACACGGCCCCCGAGCUCUGCUGCCCCCCGCCCCUCCCCGAGGGCCUGCCCAUCCAGCCUGCCCUGGACGCCUGGGCGCUGGGGGUCCUGCUCUUCUGCCUCCUCACCGGCUACUUCCCCUGGGACCAGCCCCUGGCAGAGGCCGACCCCUUCUAUGACGACUUCCUCAUCUGGCAGGCGUCCGGCCAGCCCCAGGACCGUCCUCAGCCCUGGUUCGGCCUGACGCCGGCGGCGGACAGUCUCCUGUGGGGGCUGCUGGAUCCUCGCCCCCGCAAGAGGAGCCCCGUGGGCUCCGUCCAGGACUACCUGGGGCGUCCCUGGAGGCAGCGGGAGGGGGAGGCUGAGGAGGUGGACGAGGGGGACGGAUAGGAGGACAGAGAGUGAGCGGGCACAGCCUGAGCCCACCUUCCUGCAGAGACUCUCGAAGGGAGCCGGGUGGGCCCCACAUCCUGAGGUCUCCUCCGCCUUCACGGGGUGGCUUGUGGCUUCCCUCUCACCUCUUUGCCCCUCUCGGCCUUCCUUUCCUCCUGCGUGGGCAUUCCGUGUCCCUCGCGUGGCCUGGGGGGCCUCCGUGUCACCGUCGCCAUCUGCCCCGGGGCUUUGGCAAACGCCGUUGCCUUUGCCUGUGGUCUCAUGGCUCAUUUCCUCACCUCCCGCUCCUCAGUGAAGCCCCCCACCCCCCACCGGGCAGCCGCAUGUCUUGACUCUCUGCCCCCCCUUCCCUCUGUGACAUACACGUGGGUCUGUGUCCUUCUGGGGGACAGGGGUCCAGCCUGUCCUGGGGGGGGGUCCCCCACGUAGCUGUCACUGUCCUGGCCCAUAGCAAGGGGCCGGGGAAUGCGUGUUCAAUAAACGAACCCGUCUGGUUUGUG